AUGGCAACACCCAGUGAGCCUGAUGUAUAUUCAUGCAGUUUCCCUGGCUUCAAUCCGCGCCACAAGUCUUCCUCCAUGCCAACCUCCCCCCUCUGUCCCGGACUCACGCAUCCUCCCGUCUCUUUCCCUGGCUCCUCUUUUAGCACACACCCCCCUCCCCCGUCUGGUGCAGCUCCACCUGGUCCCUCAGCCACUCCCUCAGCAUACUAUCCCUCCCCCUCCUACACCAGCGGAUUCCCCAGCGGACUCCCGCUUAACCUUUGCCUUCGGCAUCUUUUUUCCCUUACUCAGCCUAAACCUCACCCAGUCCUAUCUUCACCUAUUUACUCCCCUGCCCUGCAAGCACAGACGUAUGACGCAGAGGACUGGAGUGAGAUCCCACCCUGCCCCCAUGGUGUGUCAACAGGGAUUGGACGAGCAGCCCCGCUCCCAGGAGACUCCUGCGAUACCGAGUAA